AUUUUAAGGUUAAUCGGUUGUUUGCUAUUUCAGAAUUACAUUAUUCUUGAGGUAAAAAUCGAUAGGGACUUUUUUAUGGACUGUAGAUGAUUAAAAAAUAAUGAAUCAAAUCAUUAAAAGUGUGUUUUUUAAUAGGUUUAAUGUUUAUAGUCCUAGUAGGAAUCUCUUCUUAUCUUCUGUUGAGGUUAAAGCUAGAUGUUAUUGUGAUCAAAAGGAAGACAAGAAUAACUUCAAUGAUUCAUUGAACAAAUCUGAUCGACCAAUCAAUAAAAGUGAUACAGAUGAAUUAGUGCAGCCCGGUUUAGAAUCCAGGUAUAAAGUAUUCCAUGAUGAAGAUGCACCAAUUUUACUCGAUGUGUAUGCGGAAAAGAUGUUAGAAGAAACUGAUGUUCCAGAGACGGUUGAGGAGUUUCAUGGACUUAGUUUGGAGCGUGGUAUAGCAGGAGUAUUUGACAUUGAACAAUUGGUAGAGCUACUCAGAAGAGAGAAAGCCGAAGACAUAUUUAUUGCUGAACUGCCUCCUGAAGCAAGAUACGUGGAUCAUAUUGCUAUUGUUUCAGCAAGAUCACGCAGACACAUGACAGCUAUUGCUCAAAUAGUAAGAAGAAUGUUUAAAAAGAAGAGAAAUGAGUCAGAUAUAAUUCCAAGAAUAGAAGGUGAAGGUUCAUCAACAUGGAUAGCUUUGGAUUUAGGAAACAUAGCACUCCAUAUAUUUUCCCCUGAUGCAAGAACAUUUUAUGACCUAGAAACGUUGUGGAGUGUUGGGACGGAAUAUGAUUCACUGAGCAACACAGCAGAUGAUCCGCUUGUAGCCCUACUGAAGAAACAUUCAAUAACCUUGCACGAAGUAUCUUCAAAAGGACAAUUAUUAUAAGUCUGUAAAUAUAUUAUCUAGUCAAA